UCUCUUUUAAUUUUCUGUCUUGUGUAAUGUGUGUUCAAAAUAGGCAACCAGGCGUUCAGGUUUAGAGUAGACGACCAGACUCUUCACUCGGUCUGUGUGGAUGUAGGUCAGUGUGCGCCGCCUGUAGAGGGCGCUGCUAACGACGACGCCGCUCCAUUUUGUAACUGUUAAUCACAGUUUUAAAUAAAGCUUUGGCAAAGCGCGUGGGUGAUAUUUCUGGAAGGAAGCUCUGACACGCUGAAGUAGCACUAACCCCCUUUUUUUUAAAGGGAUCUUUGUAACACACUGCGUUGAAUUUAUUUUUGUAUCUGUAUUAAACUUUACACGGGUAUAUCGAGUGAAGCCCUGAAACGAUGGCGGAGAGUGACUGGGACACCGUGACUAUUCUGAGGAAGAAGGGCCCGACCGCUGCCCAGGCCAAGUCCAAACAGGUUAGCAUGGACCCCUUUUUUCUUUCCUCACUCUUACAUGGUUAUAUUUAGACGUUUUUGUAACAUGCGUCAUUUGUAUUAGCUUUAUAAGCAGCUGAGGGUCGAGUAUCGUAUUUAACAGACGGUUUAACGGACUUUAACGGUUUAACGUGCGUCGUUCCGUAGAACAACAACAAUGAACUCGGGACGUGCUAGUUUGCUAAAUAACUAGUUCUACCACCUUUUAGUCACCAAAACAACACACUAGUCUGGUACCUUCGCUUUAGGGUCAAGCAAAAUGGGUAAAAUAAAUGGUGAAAGUGAAACAGAGAGCUCAUUACUUUUCAGUUUUAUACUUUCUUUUGCUCACACUAACCUCAUCCUGGCAUUUUCACUCGGACUGGGCUGUCCUACUUUCUGUUAGAGAGUAAAAAACGAUUCAUCAUCUUUUUGUCAAACUAUUUUUAUAUAUAGUUAUCUGAAGAUGAUAGUAGACAACUCUUAAGUGUCUACUUUUUGGGUAGAAAUGCUGCAAAUUCGUGUGCGACGUGCAUGUGCGUUGAAAACACAUGGGUACAUGUUCACAAAGACCAUCACACACUUCAUAAACAUUAUUAAAGAAAUAUCACAAACAUCAACAGAGAAAGCUUUAAAUUAAACAGUUAAAUGCUGAAAUUGAUGUUAAACACCGAGUCAGUCUGAUGCAACCGAAAACAACAUCUGUGCCUUUAAUUCUACUUUCACAAAACUUGUACAUUUGAUUUCUUGUGGACAUGGUCAGGCUGUUAAUAGUUGUUCUUGAUCUUCAGGAUGUUUGUGAUCAUGAUUAUAAGGAAGUGGGCACACCUUUCAGUACAACACACCCCAUUUCACAACCGCCAUCCACUGUGUGUUUUAUAAUAAAAUCAAAGUGCAAUAAUCACCUGCCUGACUCAGUCAACAGAAACUGAUAAUUUAGAAGCUUUGUGUAAACAGAACUAGGGUUACAGCUGUUGCAUUGGAUUGCAUCAGGUUGCCUGGGUGUUUAUAAUGUUAUCACUGGUCCCUUUAAACAGUUUCAGCUGAUAUAUUGCACUGCGAUGAGAGUCUUCAUGUUGUCUUUUGUUUGAUUUACUUGUCCUGCUUCGGCUUGAGCAGUUUUGUUAUUCAUUAACCCCAGGGUUGAUAAAGAGAGCCUGAAUUGCUCUCUCUGGCUAUAAUGCACUGUGCUGUUUAUCAAACUAAAAUACUUGCUGUAGAUUAAGAUUUGUCCCUGUUUAUCUAUUUUCUAGGCUAUCACCUCUGCUCAGAGACGUGGGGAGGACAUUGAGACAACCAAGAAAUGUAAAUUUAUUCUUUGAAAGUAUUUCACUCAUAGUGUCCUCAUUUUUCUAGACUUUACUUCACACAUUCCUUUUUUCCCCAAGAUAUAACAUUUGUUAGAGAAACUUGACGAGCUGUAAAUGAUUAAAUAGCCUGUGUUGGGAUCAUGUUUUCACGUGUCUAUCAAAACAACACUGUCACACAGGGUCUGCAGGGCAGAACAAACAGCAUCCCGUGACAAAGAACACAGCCAAACUGGACCGUGAGACAGAGGAGCUGCACCAUGACAGGGUCCCUCUGGAGGUGGGCAAGGUGAUCCAAAAGGGCAGACAGGAGAGAGGAUUGACCCAGAAAGACCUGGCCACUGUACGUAUGGAGGGUGAAAUCGCUGUAUUCUUGUUUUGGAGAACAAGUUAGUUUAAAAAUAUGUGAAAACCUUAAACCUACAAAAGCCAAACGCCAUCUCCACCCUGGAGCUCCGACAUUCUUAUAAUGUCACACCCAGUUGCUCUGUUUAUAUUCAGGCUUUCAAACUUAAUUGAACCCUAUUUAAACAAACCAACAUUUAGUUAUAUUUAGUGAGGAGCUCUUUUCACCAUAAAACUUGCUGUGAAUUCUGGGUAAGUCCCAGAAAAGGCAAACUUUGGUGUCUUACAGGCUGUGUCCGAAAUGGAUCCCUAACCCCUAUGUAGGCAACUAUAUGGGCGUUAGCACCAUUUUGAGGGGUGUCCAAAACCUGAGUUAUCAAUUCCAGUGCCCAGUAUGGGCGAGUCAAAAUUUCCCAUAUAGCAUUGCAAAAUGUAGUGACCGUCCGAUGGUCACUCACCGGUGAUGGGCAUCACGUCAUGCAUGUAGUGCCAUGUAGUGUCCGAAACCUCUGGUGAUUGAGUCACUACAUAGUCAUCUAUAUAGUAAGACCCCAUUAGUUAGGGUUAGUUAGGGAUUGAGUGAUUCAUUUCGGACACAACCAAAGUCUCCAUCAGAGCAGCCAUAGGCUUUAUGAUUUGACAGUAGGACAGCGCAAGGCGUGACAAAGUCACAUAUGCCCACUCUCAAACUCUGCUCUUACAGACUCAGCGGUGCAUUCCUGCAAAUUGUGAGGGUGUUUGAGGUUGAGGCUGCCCCACUCAGGAUGUUCACAUACAUACGUGCAGUUAAGCCAAGCUGCAGUUACAGAUUGAUCAGGCAGUUUAACGGGAACACUGUCCUUGUCCCAGUGUACAAAUGGGAAGUGAGAACUGGUUUAGUAACAAAAAUGUAUUCUCAUAUUAGACACCAAAACAACCAACAAAAGUUUGCAUGGUUAUAUGUCAAAUGGUGAAACCACAGACACUUUAUGGCGCUGCACUCUUUGUAUGGACCAUACGAUGGCUUCAUCCUGUCUUAUUCCUCUUCUUUUUUUUAGUUUGGAAAAUUAUCCACCUUCUUUCAACCCUGGUGAUCUUACCUUGAAAAAGAGGUUCUUUUGCAAAUCAAACUGCUUCUGAUCCAAAAAAAUCAGAAGUUUUGACACAAAUGUCGCUGUGAUCAGUAAAACAUACUGACUCAUAAGAAGGUGAUUUAAGAAGGUCAUUUGGAAACACAUCUGUGUUGUUCUCUGCAUCAAUAAAACAUCCACCCCUGAAAGGAGAUGAAAUCCCAUCGAAAAUGUUUGAGUCCACUUCUAAACUAUUUAUGGCCGAUGUUUUCCCCCCAGAAAAUUAAUGAGAAGCCUCAAGUCAUCGCAGACUAUGAAUGUGGGCGAGCAAUCCCCAACAACCAAGUCAUGGGCAAGAUCGAGAGAGCCAUUGGUAAGAAAAGCAUUUGAAUGGAAUAACCACAUCAGGCCUCAGGUGAUGGCUGUCAGACCCACAUGUUCUCACUCUGUUGUCAUCAGGGAUGAAACUGCGCGGGAAGGAUAUUGGCCAACCCCUUGAGGCAAAACCCAAGAAGAAAUGAACACAAAGCCUCGAAAUCAGCCCCUCCCUUAGGUCCCCCUUUAUUCCCAGACUCCGAACCUGAACCUCCAAAAUCUCCCCUCUCUCCUGCAUCCCUCCCCUUACCUGGGCUGAUCUCACCUGCGUCCUGCCUGAGGACCUGGUGCUCCACUGUAUCACAAGCUGCAAACCGACAAGUCAUCUGAGACACACACACACACACACACUCUCUCUCUCUCGCUCUCUUUCUCUUUCUCGAACACAUAAUCUAAUGAAUGACUGAUCGCAUCACAAACUCGGACGUUCUGUGUAUACCGUUUCGUCCGUGUCCGCUUCAGCUUUGGCAUGAUGAAUUCAACUUUUUGAUUGCGAUGUAAAAUCACAACAAAAAAAAAGGUGGAUUAGAUUUCAUGACCAAUCAGACUAGUUUGACUAACGUUAACUCUGAGCAUGAUCUUAAGCCAAAAGUGCUUGACUGCAUCUUUUUCACACACUUCAGACAGUGGGUGAAUGUCAUUACAGUGGUGAACUGUCUUAAUGCUGUGCUUUGUUUUGAUCUACAAAUAAAGUUUGGCAAAUCACC